AUGCCUAUUAUUGCGUUACAACUGAAAGCCAAUAUGGUGAAUGUAACUUCAUUGCAACCAAUGGGUGAUUGGAGCAAAUUUCGAUGGCAUUUAAAGUUAAAAUGUACGAAUUGUGGUGAGGAACCAGCACAUUGGCAAUAUGUUGUUGAAGAGGAAAAGUUUAAUAUGCCUGGAAGCAGAGGAGUUGCAAAUAUAUUAGGAAAGUGUAAAUUAUGUAGCAGGAUAAAUUCGCUCGAAAUUAUCAAAGAUUCAUUUCAACCGUAUACAAGCAGUGAUGAUUACAGUGAAUUGAUUAAAUUUGAUUGUCGUGGCUUGGAACCAACUGAUUUUGAUCCACGAUCGGGAUGGCAAGCUAUUGGAAUUGAAUCAGCAACUGUUUUCGAAAAUAUUGAUCUUACUGAAAAGGAAUGGGUGGAUUACGAUGAGAAAGCAGCACAACCAACUGAAAUUAAUGAAAUUCAAUGUCGGUUUGUGUUUUGCCGAAAGCAAUAA